AUGAAGCUCGAUACCAAAGCCAUGCGCCACCUCGCAGCGGAGGAUUGGCGCGUCCUGACAGCCGUAGAGAUCGGCAGCAGGAACCACGAGGUCGUCCCGACCCCGCUCAUAGAAACCCUCUCGAAGCUGCGCGGCGGCGCCGGCCGGGUGCACCGGUCGAUAGCGGCUCUCGCAAAGGCCGGCCUGAUCGCGCGCCUCAAGGAGGCCCGGUACGAUGGAUACCGGCUUACGUACGGCGGCCUAGAUUAUCUCGCCUUGCACACCUACGCGAGCCGCCGCGAGGUCUACAGCGUCGGGGGCCGUAUCGGCGUCGGCAAGGAGAGCGACAUCCUCGUCGUCGCUGACGAGCGCGGUGUCCAACACGUGCUCAAGAUUCACCGCCUUGGCCGCGUCUCCUUCCGCGCCGUACGCGCCACCCGCGACUAUCUGCGCCGCCGGCAGGGCGGCAGUUGGAUGUACCUCUCACGCCUGGCCGCUGAGCGCGAGUUCGUCUUCAUGCAGGCCCUUCACGGCGAGGGAUUUCCCGUCCCAGAGCCUAUCUCCCAGAGCCGCCACACCGUCCUUAUGCACCUCAUCGACGGUUGCCCGCUCCGCCAGGUCUCUCAGGUCCCCGACCCUGCCGCGCUCUAUGCCGAGUUGAUAUCUAUGGUCCUACGGCUAGCUCAGCACGGCCUAAUCCACGGCGACUUCAACGAAUUCAACAUUCUGAUCAGGGUAGAACGGGAGGACGAGGAGCCGCACGCAAAAGGCAAACAAGCCGAGACAGUAGCCGAAGCAGAUAGAACGCGAGUGAUACCCAUCCUUAUUGACUUCCCCCAGAUGGUGUCCAUGGACCACCAGAACGCCGAGAUGUACUUUGACCGCGACGUCAACUGCAUCAAGCAAUUUUUUGAACGACGCUUCCAUUUUGUUAGCACACAACCAGGGCCUUUCUUCAAAGAUGCCAAGAAAACUGUGGGUAAAGAUGGGGCUAAGAGGCUUGAUGCCGUAGUCGAGGCAUCAGGCUUUUCGAAAAAGGCUCUGAAAGACCUCGAGGCCGCUAUCAAAAAGCAACAUGAAGCAAGAGAUGAUGAUGAUGAUGAUGAUGGUGAUCCAAGAGAAGAUUUCAGCGAGGCAACCGAGGCAUCCGGGGAUGACGACGAAGAUAAGGACGAAUAUGAAAAUGAGGAUGGGAACGAAGAGGUAGAUGCAAACGAACCGGGUGCUGGCGUCAACACAGAACACGGCGCUCCCAGAGUAGACACACAGUCCGUUGCAAUUAGGAAUGAAACAUAA